AUGAGUGGAGGAUGGAAUACCAUCGUAGUUGAGUCUGAUGCUGGCGUCUUUACCUACCUCCUCGACAACCUAGGCGUCAAAGAUGUGCAGUUCGAAGAGCUACUAAGCCUGGAUGCAGACGCUCUCGCGCAGCUGCAUCCCGUCUAUGGCGUGAUUUUCCUCUUUAAAUAUCCGACGAAUGCUCCCUAUACAGCGACCGACAAGCCGCUCGACGGUACCUUUGACCAUGACGCAGCCGAGAACAUAUUCUUUGCCGCUCAGACGAUUCAGAAUGCCUGCGGAACCCAGGCGCUGCUCUCUGUGGUUCUGAACAAGAAUGAUCCCGGGGCUGGAGAUGCGGGCUUCGUGGAGAUGGGAGACUCGCUCAGUGACUUCCGCGAAUUCACAAUGGCGCUACCGCCUGAGUUCCGCGGCGAGGCACUCAGCAAUUCGGAGCUGAUCCGGGAUGUGCAUAACAGCUUCGCCAAGAGCAGUCCGUUCGUGGACGAGACGCAGCGGACGAGUGGGGAGACGGAAGAUGCGUUCCACUUUGUGGCAUACACGCCGGUAAAUGGGACUCUGUAUGAGCUGGACGGACUGCAGCCGGCGCCGAUCAGUCACGGCUCCUGCACCCAGGAAGACUUCCCGCUGAAAGUGAUGGAUGUGCUACAGCGGCGCAUUGCCAGAUACGAGGCGACGGAGAUCCGGUUCAACCUCCUGGCGAUGAUUCGUGAUUUGCGCAUUCGGGCGAGGGAGAUUGGAGACUUUGAGCUGCUGGCCCGAGAGGAGAAGAAGCGGAAGGACUGGCGGUUCGAGAACGCACUCAGAAGGCAUAACUUCGUCGGCUUUGCGGGCGAGGUGCUGAAGGGUGUCGUGGCAACAAAGUUGAAGGAUGGCGAGGGUGCGUAUAAGCAAUGGGUCGAUGGUGCCACGGCCAAGAUGAAGAAGAGGAUAGAGGAGAAGAAGAAAGGGGGCGGCGGCGAUGAUAUCGAAAUGGAGGUUUAG